UCAGAAUUUAAAAGUAUGCGAUGUCGACCCAGCAGUUAAGGAGAAAGUGGAGAAAUUUCGUCUUCGAAAAGAGAAAACCGUAGCCGCCAUUGUCCUUAAGAUUGUACCUGAUAAACUGCUAGUAGUCAUAGACGAGGAACAUGAGGAUAUAUCCAUUGAGGAUUUAAGGGAGGAAUUACCUGCCCACCAGCCUCGCUAUGUGGUUCUUAGUUAUGUUCAUAAACAUGAUGAUGGAAGAGUUUCUUUUCCUUUUUGUUUUAUCUUUAUUUCUCCCCAAGGUUGUAAGCCAGAACUACACAUGAUGUAUUCUGGCACAAAGACCAGCCUUACCACAGAUCUUAACGCAACCAAGGUUUUUGAAUUAAGGUCUGUAGAAGAAUUGACUGAGGAAUGGCUGAAGGAGAAGAUCAAGUUCUUCCGUUAAUCUGCAGUACUUACCAUUUGUUCACAAUAGUUACAAGUAGUAUGAUUGUAACUCAAGUACAUUUUAUUCAUUGAUAAUUUGAAUUCAAUACCUUAGGAGGAAAGUGUUAUUAAAUAUCAGUUGUCAAA